UGCUUGCAUCCCGAACGACAUGUCGCUGGCUACUCUGGACUCAAUGGGCGGAGCCUCCACGGGAUCCGUGACGGUGACCGAGCAGCUCAACUUUUGGGCCGGGAGGCGCGUGGGGGGUCGGAACAGCGAGCAUGCAGAGCCGGUGUUCGAGCCUGCCACAGGUCGAGUCCUGUGCCAGAUGGUGCCCUGUGGAGCCGAGGAGGUGGAUGAAGCCAUAAUGAGCGCUCACGCUGCCUACGUGCAGUGGAGCAAGAAGGCUGGCACGGAGAGGGCCCGGGUCAUGCUGGAGGCAGCCCGCAUCAUCAGGGAACGAAGGGAGAAGAUUGCAAAGCUGGAAGUGAUCAACAAUGGCAAGUCCAUCACUGAAGCCCUGGUGGACAUCGACGUUUCCUGGCAGUGCAUUGAGUACUACGCUGGUUUGGCUGGUACUCUUGCAGGUCAGCACUUCCAGCUGCCUGGGGGGGCCUUUGCUUACACUAGGAGGGAGCCCCUUGGUGUGUGCGUGGGAAUUGGUGCGUGGAACUACCCCUUCCAGAUUGCAGCAUGGAAGUCCGCUCCGGCUCUGGCGUGCGGAAACGCCAUGGUGUUCAAGCCGUCUCCCUUUACGCCUGUGACCGCCGUCAUACUGGCAGAGAUCUACAAAGAGGCGGGGGUCCCUGAUGGGCUCUUCUGUGUCGUCCAGGGAGGAGCAGAGACGGGCUCACUGCUGUGCAAUCACCCGAAGGUUGCCAAAGUCUCCUUCACCGGCAGCGUUCCAACGGGGAAAAAGGUCAUGGAGAUGUCCGCCAAGGGAGUGAAGCAGGUGACCCUGGAGCUUGGAGGAAAGUCACCGCUGAUUAUCUUCAAAGACUGUGAUCUGGAGAAUGCAGUGAAGGGUGCACUCAUGGCAAACUUCCUCACACAGGGGCAGGUUUGCUGCAAUGGGACCAGAGUGUUUGUGCAUAAGGACAUCCUGCCACAGUUCCUUGAGGAGGUGGUUAAGAGGACCAAAGCCAUCGCCGUAGGUGACCCGCUCCUCGACAGCACCCGCAUGGGGGCGCUGAUCACCAAGCCCCACCUGGAGAAGGUGCUAGGGUUCGUCAGUCAGGCCAAGAAGGAGGGGGGCCGUGUGCUUUGUGGAGGAGAGCCUUUUGUCCCAAGUGAUCCCAAGCUGAAGGGGGGUUACUUCAUGUCUCCCUGCAUUCUCGACAACUGCAGAGACGACAUGACCUGCGUGAAGGAGGAGAUCUUCGGCCCGGUCAUGUCUGUCCUGCCGUUCGACACCGAAGAGGAGGUGAUCCGGCGGGCCAACAACACCACCUUUGGACUGGCCUCUGGGGUUUUCACCAGAGACAUUUCUCGAGCUCAUCGUGUGGCUGCAAGUCUGGAGGCGGGGACCUGCUUCAUCAACAAUUACAACAUCAGCCCAGUGGAGGUGCCAUUUGGAGGGUAUAAGAUGUCAGGCUUUGGCAGAGAGAACGGCCAGGUGACCAUCGAGUACUACUCCCAGCUGAAGACGGUGGUGGUGGAAACAGGCGAUGUGGAAAACUACUUCUAGAGUUUCCGUUUUACACUCAUUUCAGAGCAAUAAACGAAACUGUGCAGA